AUGUAUAACAAUAUAACCUCAAAUCAAUUUCCAAUAUCUAUAUUAUGUAAAUAUAACUCUAUAGGAUGUUAUCAAUUUGUAUCUGAUACUACAACUCGACAACCUAUUUUCUUAGUUGCUGCUAAAUAUGAAGAGCUUGAAAUAAUUGCAAAAAAAUUUAGCUUAAAAAAUAUCUCAAAAUACAUUCAAAAAGACAAACAGAAAAAAAGAGAAAAUACUUCUUUAAUUCAAAAUUCUGCUGAUACUUCAAAAAUUGCUAGCUUAAAGAAUACACUUAACAAUGUUCAAGGAGAUAUAGAUUAUAAUAUUGAUAAUAUUGUAGUUCUGAAUAAUAUAGCUAAAGAAAUUACUCUUUAA